UUGCGUCCAUGUUAGCAGCGUCGUAUGAAAUUUAUUAUGCACCAUUUGUGGGCCAGGACGUCAACGUUUUAUCCAAUUCGAAGACGAGAGCUCCGUAAGGAAAGAGGACGCGAGUAGAGGCGUAGAAUACAACGAGAUCUGACGGAGUGCGGUUAUGAGGACAGCCAAAGGGAAAAGAGGACAAUAUAGCGCUGUAAGCAAUCCGCGAAAAGUCAAGCUAUCAAAGCCAAAACAGACAUUCUCUGAUGAGGGCUCGGCAAGCCAAAUAGCGAAGGAUGUAUACCCACAAGAACCUACCCAGGUCCGUGGUCGUCAACCAGUAGACCUUGCUUCCGUAGACGGAGGCUUGUUACGAGAAAAAUUGGGAAAUUCAGCGACCACAGUCACGACAUAUAGUCCAGCUUCAAUGCAGUUUUUGGCUGAGAUAUUCCCGGAGACCUUAAAAGAGAACCUUGAGGAGGCACUACUCAUUUGCGAGGGCAACGUUGAAAAGGCAGUGGAUUCCUUGUUGUCCGAUGCGAAUGACUUAUUAGAUGACGUGUGUUCCACCUGUUCCAGCUCCGAGCUUUCAUCAAAUGGAGAAAUUUCGAGAUUUGAUGAUGCUGCGUCCUCAGGUUCUCUUUCUUCGUCUACGAGCAAGGGAACGGCUUCAUCGUCUGAGAGCCACUGUCUUGGACGCAAAGAUAAUACCAAUGCGAAUGGGCCAGAACUUGCGACUCUGUCUGCCAUGUUUCCGGACCAUGAUCAAAGAACUAUCUUAUCAGCUCUGAAUACCCAUCAGUUUGAUAUGGAUCGAGCGGCAGACACGUUGCUGCGGUUGACACUUGAUGAAAUUCCAGAUAAUAGAGUGUGCAAAGAGGAUGAGGUACUUGCUGCGUUGAUGGAGAUUUUUCCCGAACAACCUUUAGAUAUUCUGCGUAUCACUCUCCGACGCUGUGGCGGACUUGACGCUACUGUACAGGAAUUGACUAAAGAUAUCAAGACCGCGUGGGGGAGGAAGUGUGAUGGGCGUUGUAGUGCCAUGGGACAUCCUUGUGUUUACCAUCGAUCUGAGAAACCCAUUGACAUGGAGAUGACAGCAGAUAGAAGGCUCCGAAGAGCAGACUCUGCUUCCAUGUCAUCUCGCUCAGGUCCCAUCUUCACCUUGAGCGCACGAGGCUCAUCGUUGCCAGUUUCGUCUCGGAUCCAAAAUGUGGCGAAUGAUGUGGAACAAACUGGUGGUACCAGUUCCGCACAUGCAAAUCCAAGUGAGAUCAAUUUUCUGGACCCUGGAGAGUGUCGGCAAGUUGCUCAGAGCUUUCGUGAGAAGCGCGAUGAAGCGUUCCGCAGAGCAGCGAAAGCUUUCAGGAAGGGAGACCUUACUGGCAAGGGUUCCGCUGGAUACUUCAGUCAAGAGGGUCGGGACUUGACAGAGCAAAUGAUGAAGUGGAACAGCCGUGCAGCGCAGGCGACCAUCCAACGCAAUAAAGCGCGCUUCCAGGGCGAUCCAUUUGUCAUAGAUCUACACGGCUUGACCGUCAAUGAGGCAGUGAAGUAUGUGGACGAAGCAGUUAAUGAGUGGUAUUCAGGAAACGGUGCACACGCGAAACCUCAGAAACCGCUGCAAAUUAUAACUGGCUCUGGACAACAUUCGUCGCAUGGGAUUCGAAAGCUGUAUCCCGUGAUAUAUAAACGCUUAUCCGCAAAAGGGUGGACCGUCCGUCCGGGCGGAAGCGGUUGGUUUUUUGUUAAGCCGUAAUAGCACGUCCUAUAGGGACGCUUUUUUAUAGAAACGAAUGACCAAAUGUAUAGAGGUUUGAAUGGAGGAGGUGGUUGGUUCUUUAUUAAGCCGUAGGAGUAAGUCUUCGGGGACGCUUUUUAUGGAAACGUGUGACCACAUGUAUAUAGGUUUGAAUUUUGCCUGUAUUUACUCAGAAUGAUACAGCGUCCAACAUCGUGGCAAGAGUCACA